AUGUGGCGGCGAACAUACCUCUUUUUGGUUCUGGUUCGGCUGUGGUUCGCGCUGUCGCCGAGCUACCUACACCCCGACGAGAACUUCCAAGGGCCUGAGGUCAUUGCUGGGGAGAUCUUCAGCUACCCAGUGCGGCGCACCUGGGAGUUUACGAGCGACAACCCGAUUCGAAGCGUAUUCCCACUAUGGCCUGUUUACGGUCUGCCGAUGCUCCUGCUGCGAUGGCUGUGGAUAGGGAAUGGCAACGAUGGCGAGAUUACCCCCAUCGCGGUCUUCUGGACGCUGCGGGUGCUCAUGUUUAUCGUUGGUUUCGUGUUGGAAGACUGGGCGAUUCACGAACUCAUACCAUCGCAACGGCAUCGGCGCCUCGCCGUUCUUCUCGUCGCCUCUUCCUAUGUCACAUGGACUUACCAAACGCAUACCUUCUCGAACUCAAUAGAGACGCUGGCAGUGGCCUGGAGCUUGGUGCUUAUUGAGCGGAUUCUUGAUAGUCCGCAGCGCGGCUCAGUUCUUGCUUCGACGGUUUUAGGGGUUGUUGCCGUUUUUGGGGCGUUCAACAGGAUAACAUUUCCUGCUUUCCUGUUGAUUCCGGGCCUUCGGCUCCUGCCUUAUUACUGGAAAAAUCCCCUAUCUUUCACAGCGAUUCUGAUGGCCGGUCUUGGUACAACUGCGGUUGCGAUUUCUCUCGACACAGCCUUCUACACACCACACUCGAUUUCUUGGUCCGACCUCCUUAGAAGGCCCGUCCUGACGCCUCUCAACAAUCUUCUAUAUAACAUUUCGCCCACGAAUCUGGCAAAACAUGGGUUGCACCCAUGGUAUCAGCACCUUUUGGUAAAUUUGCCGCAGCUGAUUGGACCUGGCAUGCUUCUGCUCUUCAUGCGGCCUAAACGCUCUUUGCGCCUUUACUCUGCCAUUUCGGGCAUCGUCGUUCUUUCGUUUUCGCAGCACCAGGAAGCCCGGUUCCUGCUCCCGACCGUCCCGCUGAUUCUGUCCUCCGUCCGGCUCCCAAGAAAUGAGAAGCUGCUCCGGGGUUGGGCGGUCUCGUGGGUGAUCUUCAACCUCAUUUUUGGAAUCCUCAUGGGGGUUUACCAUCAAGGAGGAAUCGUCCCGGCUCAAGUCUUCAUGAGUAAGCAGCCGGAUGCGACUCAGGCCAUCUGGUGGAAGACGUACAUGCCGCCAAUAUGGCUGCUGAAUGGAAAGAAUGAGGUCCUGCACACGCGGGAUGUCAUGGGGAUGAAGGGGGGAAAUCUCCUCGAGGAACUCGAGAAGAUCGCAACUUGCGAUACACCAGCAGACAGGAGAAGCAUGGAGUAUCUGAAGGAGAAGAACGGCACAUAUCUGGUGGCGCCGCUAUCAGCGACAUGGCUGGAUCCGUAUCUCUCGAAUAAAGGGCUGGAGGGGUUGAGGUUCCGCGAGGUCUGGCGUUAUCAGCAGCACUUGAACCUCGAUGAUUUGGAUUUUGCAGAGGACGGCGUUUGGGAUACCCUUUCUAGAGUCAUUGGGCGGCGAGGACUGGCGAUUUGGAGAGUAACAAAAAGCUGCCCUGGGGUCAAAGGAAGAUAG